AUGGCCGGCUCUCUGGUGAACGGUUCUAGCAGCAAGCAUGAUAUCGUCCUCAAGACCUUUCGGCUUCUCAUCGCUGAUCUAUGCCAGCAGUUUGGUGGCGGCCACCCUGGCGGGGCCAUUGGCAUGGCUGCGAUCGGAGUUGCGCUCUGGCGAUACGUGAUGCGAUACGCACCGCAUACCCCCAACUUCUUCAACCGUGACCGUUUCGUCCUGUCGAAUGGCCACACCUGCCUCUUUCAAUACACGUUCCUGCACCUGACCGGCUACAAAGCCAUGACCUUUGAGCAGCUCAAGUCGUACCACUCGGAGCGCGAGGACGCGCUGUGUCCCGGCCACCCGGAGAUCGAGCACGAGGGCAUCGAGGUAACAACGGGCCCACUCGGCCAGGGAGUCGCCAAUGCGGUGGGUCUAGCAAUGGCUACGAAGAACCUGGCUGCGACGUACAACCGGCCGGGAUACGAGGUUGUCAAUAAUCACACCUGGUGCAUGAUCGGCGAUGCGUGUUUGCAGGAGGGUGUCGCUCUUGAGGCCAUCUCGCUGGCCGGCCACUGGAAGUUGAACAACCUGACCAUCAUGUACGACAAUAACCAAAUCACCUGCGACGGCUCAGUGGACCUCACCAACACUGAAGAUAUCAACGCCAAGAUGCGCGCCUGCGGAUGGGACGUGAUUAAUGUAGAGGACGGCUGCUACGAUGUCGAAGGGAUCGUGGAGGCGCUUUCAAAGGCUCGUGCGUCCACAGAGAAGCCCACCUUUAUCAAUAUUCGCACGGUCAUCGGUCUCGACAGCAAGGUGGCUGGCCAAGCAGCUGCCCAUGGUGCGGCGUUCGGUGUCGAAGAUGUUGCAGCUAUGAAGCGCAAGCUCGGUUUCAACCCAGAGGAGCACUUUGUUAUUGGUGAGACGGUGCGUGAAUUCUUUGCUGACCUGCCUGCCCGCGGCGAGGGUUAUGUAAAAGAGUGGAAAGACCUCAUCCAGCGCUAUAGCGAGGCGCACCCAGAACUGGCCGAUGAGUUUCAGCGUCGCGUGCGCGGCGAGCUGCCAACCGACUGGCAGAAGCUGAUCCCCAGUGAGCUCCCCGACAAGCCGACUGCGACGCGUGUCUCAUCUGGCCUCGUCUUCAAUCCCAUCGCACAAUAUAUCAAAUCAUUUAUGGUCGGCACCGCCGAUCUGUCGCCCUCUGUGAACAUGAUCUGGAAGGGCAAGGUUGACUUCCAACACCCCGAUCUUCGAACAACAUGCGGUAUAAACGGCAACUACUCUGGCCGGUACAUCCACUACGGUGUCCGUGAGCACGCCAUGGCCGCCAUAUCCAACGGACUGGCCGCGUUCAACCCCAACACAUUCAUUCCGGUCACCUCAUCCUUCUUCAUGUUCUAUCUGUACGCCGCGCCAGCAGUGCGCAUGGGGGCGUUACAGCACCUCCAGGUAAUCCACGCCGCAACCCACGAUUCCAUUGGUAUGGGCGAGGACGGUCCCACGCACCAACCCAUUGAACUCGCCUCGCUAUACCGCGCCAUGCCGAACCUUCUCUUCAUCCGGCCUGGAGACAGCGAAGAAACGGCUGGUGCCUGGAUCGCCGCCAUCAACGCGAAGAAGUCCUCCACUAUCAUCUCUACCUCCCGUCACGCACUCCCCCAACUUAAGCAGACCCGUCGUGAGGGUGUGAUAAAGGGCGCCUACGUCCUUGAAGAGGCUUCCAAUGCAGACGUAACCAUCAUCGGCGUCGGCGCCGAGCUCUCCUUCGCGCUGGACGUCGCCGCCAGACUCAAAGAGGAGAAGGGCGCCACCGCACGGGUGGUCAGUUUCCCCUGCCAGCGGCUCUUUGAGCAGCAAUCUCUCGAGUACAGGCGUAGCGUUCUGCAACGGCAUAAAGGCAUUCCGGCGGUUGUAAUCGAGCCGUAUGCACCGAACGGAUGGGAGCGGUAUGCGGACGCGGGGAUCUCAGUGAGGCGGUUUGGACACAGUCUUCCUGGCAAGGCAGCGUAUAAGUUCUUUGGCUUUGAUAUUGGGGUCAUGACGGAGAAGGUUGGACAUUACCUUCAGCAGCUGAAGGAAGAUGAGGCGCUGAGAGGCGAAUUCGUUGAUCUAUGA